AUGGUGCAACUCCUUCUCCUCCUUCUCCUCCUCAUACUCCCAAUAAUCUUUCUCCACCUCACGAAAAACCACAAGAAGAGCCCGACCGAAGCCCGGGUCCCACCAGGCCCACCCGGCUUCCCGGUCAUCGGCAACUUGCACCACUUGGCCGCGGCUUCCGACGCCCCACACCUUUACCUCCAUCACCUCUCCAAGAAAUACGGGCCCAUCGUGCGCAUGGGCCUCGGCCCGAAGCCCAUGCUCGUGGUCUCCUCCGCGAAGCUCGCGGAGCAAGUCAUGAAGGCCCAAGACCUCGCUUUCUGCGGCCGGCCCAAAUCCCUCGGCCAACAACGCCUCUCGUACGACUGCUCGGACAUCGCCUUCUCCUCGUACGACGAGUAUUGGCGCGAGGUCCGCAAGAUCACGACCAUCCAUCUCUUCAGCGCGAAGAAGACUCAAUUCUUCCGGCCCGUUCGCGAGGACGAGAUGGCCCGGUUCGUGGCCCGGAUUUCGGCCCGAAUAACGGCCCGGCCUGAAGCCAGCGGCCGCCAGGCUGUCAAUUUGAGCGAGAUGGCGAUUGAGCUCGGGAGCACGUUGAUAUGCCGGAUCGCGUUCGGGAAGAGGUACGAAGAGGGCGGGCCCGAGAUGAGGAGAUUCGACGGGCUCUUGAAACGGGCCCAAGCCGUGAUGGCUGCUUUCUAUGUGUCGGAUUAUUUUCCUGUGUUUGGUUGGGUGGAUAGGUUGCGCGGGUCGAACAUAUUUAUAGCGGCAACAGAUACGAGCUCGGCAUCGAUCGUUUGGACCAUGACGGCUCUAAAAAAGGCGCCACAAGUAGACGAAGACGACUUGCCGAAGCUUUCCUAUAUGAAAGCGGUCAUAAACGAGGUUUUUAGAUUAUAUCCUCCGGCUCCAUUGCUCGUCCCAAGAGAAACUAUAGAAAAAUGCACUCUAGAUGGCUAUGAAGUUCAACCCAAGACAAUUGUCUAUAUUAACGCAUGGGCGAUUGCAAGAGAUCCCGAGUUUUGGGAAAAGCCGAACGAGUUCUUGCCCGAGAGAUUCUUAGAGAGCAAAAUCGAGAUAAAAGGACACGAUUUUGGUGUGAUCCCGUUUGGAGCCGGGCGAAGGAGUUGUCCCGGGAUGUUUAUGGGGCUCGUGAAUGUGGAGCUCACGGUUGCGAAUUUGCUCUAUUCUUUCGACUGGGAAUUGCCUCGAGGGGUUCGAGUCGAAGAUGUCGAUACAGAGGGUUUACCGGGUAUAACGGUUCAUAAAAAAAAUCCACUUCUCCUUGUGCCUAAGAGAUGCAACAAUGUUACCUAG